AUGAUGAAACAUCGAAUCGUUAACGACGACAUGAUGAACCAUCAAACAGUUAACGACGAAAUAUCCAACCAUAAUGACAACAUGAUGAAACAUCAAAUAGUUAACGACGAUAUAAUGAAACAUGAAACAGUUAACGACGAAAUGUCUAACCAUGACGACGAAAUGUCUAACCAUAACGACGAAACAACAGAUCUAAAACAAUUAACUUUUGUGAAAAUAAUUUUAAAGGAUUUGUUUAUCUGCGGGAAUUGUGAAUGUUUUAACAAAAGCAAAGUUUCUUUCGCUAAAUGUACAGGAAAAAUUGUUCAAAUUCCUGUAGAUCUACCAAAUUACAUUCAGCAUUUGACCAUCGGAAAGUCUGACUUUGCAGUCUUCCGCCCGACGGAAGUUUUACGGUAUGCGAAUCUUUCUUAUCUGCAUAUAAAAAACAACCCAAAACUCGUGGCAAUAAGGUUAUACCCGGUGUCUGAUAAGACAUCCGUUUUAGAAGAGCUAGACUUGAGCACGAACAAAAUUUCAAUAAUAUAUGAAAACAGUUUUCACAUUUUUCCCAACUUAACUUCGCUCUCCCUUAGCGUGAACAAUAUCUCCGCCAUUACUAGGAACACGUUUACUGGUCUUGGUCUACUACAAGCCCUGAAUCUUUCAUUCAACUUGCUUGAAACUCUGGAGAACACAACCUUUGAUGAACUGAAGAGUCUGACUCUGUUGGAUUUACGGCACAAUACAAACUUAGGAUACUCCCCAAAACAUUUCCCAGAAUCCUUGCUGUCCAAUCUUUUAUUUCUGACUGACCUUUACCUUGAAGGUAAUUCAGACAAAUCUGAUCACUACCCUGACCUGGCUCUACAGCCGCUCAAACAGUUACAAACGUUGACUGUAGAUGGGUUGGAUCAUCCUUUCGGCAGAAAACUCAUUUCUCUGGGCAAUUUAACCAGCAUAAAAAUAGGUCUUUCCCCAGGAACUUGCAAUAUAAACAAUUUCUCUGAUCACUUUUUCACAAAUACACCUUUCCUAAGGCAUGUUGAAGUAAACGGCUGUUCUACCCAGCGAAUGAAUCUAAAAACUUUUCAAAACCUUAGAAACAUCACAAGUUUAUCUCUAACUAACAUCCCGGGGUAUGACUUAUUUGAUGCUUUUGAAGACCUUGAACACAUACAUAAAAGUUCGAUUGCAUUUCUGAAACUUUCCGGCCUAAACCACACGCUUGUGAUGUGUCGUAUCCUUGAACCUUAUCACGCUAAAUACCUACAGCACAUGAGGAUGAGCUCCUUAGAUCUUUCCAAUAACAACAUCAUUAUGAUGAGAGACGGCUUUGCGAAUUUACUUCCAGGCACGCUUCAAAAACUAAUUUUAACGAACAACAAAUUAAACCCCAGAGUAAUGAUCCUGAAACAGAUCAAAUCAUUGUCUAAUCUGACCGCUCUUGAUCUAAGUUUCCAAGGGUACUCUGACUUUUCAGAUAUUGAUAACACUUACUCGUAUAAGACAUCAAAAAAUAUUGACAGUCAUGAAGCGAGUGAAGAAUCGGAAUUGAGCUCAGUAUAUUGCCCUGUUGGAGAGGAGACGUUCUAUAAACAACAGAACCACUCACACAAUUUUCACAUCGAGAAAAAUAUACUCCCAAGAAAUCUCAAAUCAAUUCGUGCCUUACGCUACAUUCGAUUCGGUUUGUAUAUUUUAUAUUGCAAUAUCAAAGAACGAUACGCUCUCCAAACGUUAGAUUUUUCUGGAAGCUACAUGACGCGCUGGGGUAGCGGAAAACUGCCCCCGGGAAUAUUGAGAGCGAGUUUUGCCAGGAACUAUUGUUCAAAUUUAACGCAGAGUUUUUUUGAAAAAAAUAAAUCACUAAAAAUAUUAUUCCUGGGCGACAACUAUCUGGCCGAUGUUUUCGCAGCCGAUUCUUCAGGUGCUAUAUUCUCUACCCUAAACAAACUAGAAUACCUGGAUCUGUCAAAGAAUGCUAUUUAUAAACUCCCCUUCAAAUUCCUUAAUGGCUUGCCAAGUCUGAAAAUUAUUGAUAUCUCACAAAACAAGUUGCAGGUUAUAAAUAUCAGUUUAGCGAGCUCGCCAAAACUCAGGAUAGUUGACCUGAGCAGAAACUCCAUUUCCUGGAUCACCAGAAGUACACGUGAUGACCUUGACACCAUUGCUGCUAACCACACACUGUACCUGGACCUAACCUCCAACCCACUGCCCUGUACUUGUAAAGGUUUGCCCAUCAUAUUUUGGCUGGCACACACGAAUGUUUAUUUACUAAGUAAAGAUUUCCUUACAUGUAGUGAUGAAGACAAUAAUUAUGUUAGCAUGGGAGACGUCAGAAAAAAAUUAGAGACCUUACAGAGAUAUUGCGCGUCUAAGGAGCUGAUGUUCAUCAUUUGUUUGUUCAGUACUGUGUGUAUAGCACUUGUUGUAUUGCUGCUUACCAUGUACAGGUUCAGAUGGAGGCUGAGAUAUUUAAGGACCGUAGCGAUAGGAAAACUGUUGGGGUUUGAGUCGACGCUACCCAACAACCUGCGCUACAAGUACGACGCUUACAUACUGUACACAGACGAGACGCGGAGCUUUGUGCUGCAGGAAUGUGUCCAGGAGCUGGAGGUCAACAGGGGUCACAGGCUGUGUAUUGAAGAGCGGGACUUCAUGCCGGGCACCUACACCGUGUCGGCCAUUGUCAGUGCCGUUCAGAACAGCGCCAAGACCGUGCCGGUGGUCACGCCUGAGUUCUACGACGGUGAGUACGCGGAAUACGGCUUAAAAAUGGCGGUCAUGGAGGAGAUCUUCAGCAGACGAUCAGUCCUUCACCUCUGUAUUUACAAGCCAGUGUCUGCAGACGACAUGUCACGUGAUCUCCUGUCUGUGUUGAGGAAAAACCGUUUCACGGAGUUCCCGGCAGACGAUGAGAUGACCCCUGAGGCUCGGCUAACUUUCUGGGACGAAAUGUCAAGGUCCAUCUCACAUAAUCCAGCGGAAGACUAG